CGUUUAGCACCUCAAGAGCUCCAUGGCUGACAUUAGAUGUUAACACUAUGAUGCGAAUAUGGAGGUGUUAUAAUAUGUUACUUACAGUAGUGGAUGCAGGUGACUUGCAGCACCUCUCUGCUUAGUUGCAUGCAGCUUACCAUGCUAGGAUGUGCCCCCUUCCCCAGAUGGCACUUCUCGCCGCCCCUUGAUGGUGGGGGCGGGGGCAAUAGGGCUACCAACAAUACGAGAAACGUAGCAGCACUCAUGGCUGCGUCGAGCUGUUUCCGAGUCUGUGAAUCUGUCUGCGAAUCUGUCCGGGGUAUGCCUGCAACCCCGGCUAUCGUGACCGACAAGUUCAUACUCAGGUGUACGAUGAAACCAAAACUCGAUGGCGAUAAUCCAUGCCUAUCCUCAGUGAGUCUGCCUACAGUUGUACUUCAACAUCUUGUCUUGCCGUGGGUAUCUGGAGAAAAGCCCAACUCACCCCUACUCAAUACUCCUUGGUAGAAGGGCUUGGUUGAAAGACACAUCCUCGCAGAAUGCUGUGCAUUAUGCUUGGGUCCAUCACAUCGAUGACUUCGAUAUCAUAAACAAAUCCCAAUCUAGAGUCGACAUCAGUUAACUUGAAUGUGGCCUAAGCUUGGCUUGAUCAAGAAUACGGCAGCCCUCGCUUACGUUACUGUUAGAAAUCAAGUCAACUAUAU